AUGGAUAAUAUAGGGUUCUGGAAUACAAGGGGCCUCAAUAGUCCACAAAAAUAUCCUGAUGUUAGAUGGUUUCUUGAACAUCAUGGGGUUGGACUAUGUGGACUUCUUGAAACUAGGGUUAGAAGGCACAAUUUUCCUAAGGUGUUUGGUAGAUUUGGUAGCAAGUGGUCAGUUGUCACUAACUAUAACUCUCAUCCUGGUGGAAGGAUUUGGGUGAUAUGGUUGCCUAGUAAAUUUGCAGUUAAUGUAGUUGAAUGUACUGAGCAAGUUAUUCAUUGUAGUGUGGAAGUAUUGGCUACUGGGAUGAAAUGUUGGGUUACAAUGGUGUAUGGGAUGAAUGAUGCACAAGAAAGGUUGUUGUUAUGGUUGGAUUUGCAGAGAAUUAGUAAGGGUGUCACUGGUGCUUGGUUGGUAGGGGGUGACUUUAACAAUGUGCUGCAUCUCAAUGAAAGAAUAGGGUCGCCUGUCACUUUAGAUGAAGUUAUGGAGUUCAGACAGUGUCUGAGAAACUGUGAAUUACAAGAACAAGUAAAUGUUGGGCCUUUCUUUACUUGGUCUAAUAAACAGGAGGGAUGUGAUCGAGUGUUCUCUCGAAUAGAUCGAGUUGUUGUGAAUGAGAAAUGGAUGGAGCAAUAUCCAAAUGCUGAAACAUUGUUCUUGCCUGAAAAUAUUUCAGAUCAUUGCCCAUGUUUGAUCAAAUUAGACAAGAGAGUAAUAAAUAAACCUAAGCCUUUUAGGUUUUUUAACAUGUGGACUGAAGCUACUUCCUUUAUGGAGAGAGUUCAAGCAGGGUGGGAGGAGAGAAUUCAAGGGACUCCUAUGUUCAUAGUUGUUAAGAAGUUAAAAGGGCUGAAGAGGGGUCUUAAAGAGCUUAACAAGGAGAGAUUUGCAGAUGUGGAAAAUGCUGCAGAUGAAGCCUAUAAGAAGCUUAUUGGGAUUCAGCAACAAAUUCAUCAGGAUCCAAGGAAUGCUCAGCUUCACAGAAUAGAGGGUGAAGCUAAAGAUGAGUAUCUUGCCCUCAACAAGGCUAGAUUAAGCUUCUUGCAGCAGAAAGUGAAGCAACAGUGGGUUAAAAAUGGGGAUUCAAACACUGCAUAUUUUCAUUCUUGUUUGAAGCAGAGAAGGAUUCAGAAUAAAGUUAGUAGAAUCAAGAACUUGGCAGGAAGUUGGCAGGAGAAAUGA